CGUCCGUACUGAAUCCGAUUCCAGAAGCAACUUGUACAAACUUGAAAGCGCUUUCGAACAAGGCAAAAGCAGUUCCAGAGUGACAGAGAAGAAUAUGGACGCUGCCAAAGUAGCCGAACUGAACGAGUUCAUCACUAAACUCAAGUCAAACCCGUCAAUCCUUCACAACCCUUCUCUUGCUUUCUUCAAGUCCUAUCUCCAAAGCUUAGGUGCUCGAAUUCCAGUAGACCCAAAAAUGGAAACUAAAGAAGAGUUUGAUGAUGACAUUGUUGAGUCCGAUAUUGAGUUGGAUGAUGCUGAUGUUGUGGAGCCUGAUAAUGAUUCUCCACAACAGAUGGGAGAUCCAUCUGUUGAAGUUACAGAAGAAAUGCAGGAUGCUGCGCAGUUAGCGAAAUUGAGAGCUAUGGAUGCUGUUGCUGAAGGUAAGCUGGAUGAGGCCAUAGAUCAUAUAACAGAAGCCAUCAUGUUGAAUCCAACUUCAGCCAUACUAAAAGCAUCCAGAGCUAGUAUCUUUGUCAAAUUGAACAAACCAAAUGCGGCAAUUCGUGAUGCUAAUGCAGCUAUAGAGAUCAACCCAGACUCAGCAAAAGGAUAUAAAAUAAGAGGAACCGCAAAGGCUAUGUUGGGCCACUGGGAAGAAGCAGCAAGUGACCUGCGUAUAGCAUCCAAACUAGAUUAUGAUGAGGAGAUUGGUUCAGUGCUUAAAAAGGUUGAACCUAAUGCCAGAAAAAUUGAAGAGCAUCGCAAAAAGUAUCAACGGUUGCAGAAAGAAAGGGAGAUGAAAAUGGCUGAACGUGAGAGAAAGAGGCAAGCUGAAGCUCGAGAACGGGAUGCGUUGUCUGCCCUGAAGGAUGGGCAAGUCAUUGCUAUACACGCAGCCAGUGAACUUGAGACAAAGCUGAAUGCUGCCUCAAAGACAUCGCGUCUUGCAAUCCUCUACUUCACGGCGACAUGGUGUGGUCCUUGCCGUAUGAUAUCUCCAAUAUAUACAAGCUUAGCUGAAAAGUAUCCAAAAGUAGUUUUCACGAAAAUUGACAUAGAUGCAGCAAGAGAUGUAGCUGCAAGCUGGAAUAUCAGCAGUGUUCCGGCCUUUUUCUUUGUAAGAAAUGGUAAGGAGAUUGACAAGGUUGUGGGUGCUGAUAAAGCUGCGCUAGAAAAGAAGGUUGCACAAUAUGCAGGCUCAGCAUAAUUAAUCCUUGGGUAAGGCUCUUCACUGUUGUAUGGUACUUUCAUAGUCAUAGUUUGUUCUAUUAAAAUGACUCAAUAAAGUUUAUCUCCUAAAAUCGCUAAUGUGUACAUUUUAAUGGAAAUAAAAUUCUGCCUUUUCAGUCCAGUUGGAUGAUU